AAGAACUUGGGAUGGCAAGGACAUGGCUUAUCACUGGUAGGGGGAUUGCGAGGAAAGUAAAGAAUGCCAACUGCUUUGAUAACGAUCAAAUCAAAGAUUUAGGGGUAGGAGCAAAUCGAGAGUGCCCUAAUUGCAAGCAUCUUAUUGAUAAUAGCGAUGUUACCUCGGUUUGGCCUGGACUUCCUGCUGGUGUUAGGUUUGAUCCAUCUGAUGUUGAACUAUUGGAACAUCUAGCAGGAAAGAUUGGUCUAGAGAAUUCAAAGCUGCACAUGCUCAUCGAUGAGUUUAUUCCAACGCUGGAUGAGGAUGAGGGAAUUUGCUACACUCAUCCAGAGAAUCUACCUGGUGCCAAGAAAGAUGGAAGCAGUAUUCAUUUCUUCCACAGAAUAUCAAAUGCUUACGGUACAGGCCAGCGCAAGCGACGGAAGAUAAACCAGCAUGCUUUCUCAGAAGAGUGUGUAAGGUGGCACAAAACAGGUAAAACCAAACGUGUUCUUGAGAAUGGUUGGAAGAAAAUAAUGGUUCUCUAUAGAAGUUCAAAACGAGGCUCCAGACCAGACAAAGCUAAUUGGGUGAUGCAUCAGUACCAUCUUGGCACCGAAGAAGAUGAAAAAAAAGGUGAAUUAGUGGUUUCAAAAAUUUUCUACCAACACUCAACAAGUCGUCUUGAUAAGAUUGAAGCAGACCCUUUCAACGAGGAAAGCAACGUUUUCACUGUUAAAAUUGGUCCAAGAACCCCAAACACAAAUACACCACAGCCACCCCGACAGAAAAAGGGCUCUCCACAUGAGGUCAAUGGACAUAGUCUGCCACUCUUGCUAGGCCAGGAGGAACACUGUCCCAAUUCAGGGGUUCCUCUUUUGCCGUUAUCUAUCAGUCCGUGGACGGGCGAAGUUGAAACCCCUGCACGCUGGGCGGGCGAAUCUCAAGCUGUUGAUGAGCCAGACCCAAUCAAUUUGCAGGAGUCAUUGUUGUGCCAUGAGGUCCUGGAUUCUUUUCCUCAUUUUGAGGACUCAUCAUUGCAUGUAAACGGCACAAAUCUCAACUGCGGCAGGAAUGUGCCAGCUUCUGCGAUCGACAGUACAGCCUGCGAAUUCUCAGAUCUCGACAACAUACUAAUCGAUACACCACCAGACUUCCAGCUUUCUGACUUGCAAUUUGGCUCACAAGAAAGCUCAAUGAGUUGGCUGGACCGAUACUAGAUUCAACAGCGAGCGUCUCUCCUUCUGAUGCUCGAGUCGCUGCAGAUUCUUGUAAUCUCAUGAUCACCAUGUUUUGAAAUUGUAUAUAAUGAAAGAGAAACACAGGACGCACACAAGACUCAUAGUAUCGAUUUCUAUCUUGGCUUAUCAUUGUUUGUGACAUUUAAGCAAAAGUGAAGUUUGGGUUUAGUCAAAAGGAAAUUCCACUCUUAUCAAUGUUCUAAUGGUAUUCAAUGCGACAAAAUUCAAUUGUUUCUGAUGAUGUAUAAAAUUAUGUGGAAUUUCUUAAUA